CUCUCUACCUACUCUAAUUUUUUAAAAACCGAAACGAAACAAAAUGGCAAUUCCUAUUACCGCCACGAGAUUUAUACUUGGAACAGUUAACCGAGGCAAAUACAAUUCAUGUUCGAAAAAUUUGUAUAAAGGAUUUAAUAUAUCAUUAAAUGAACGCAAAAGAACUAGAUCUAUAACUAUUUGCCAUUUCCAAUCUACACAACUGUCAAGGCCUGUCCAUUGUAAUAAAAGUAGUCAUCACCAUUUUCAACUAUGCUCAAGAUGGUUCUCCCUACACCAAACAAAAUCUGGAUCUUGGAAAUACACUAUCCCAUGCACCAGUCCUCACUUACCCAUGACAGUAAGGUGUAGACAGUUUUCUACACCACAAAAAGAUGAACCUAGUCUCAGUAUUCCAGAUAUAGAUCCAUAUAAAUUAGUAGGCCCUGAAAUUUCAUGUGUAGCUCAAGAUAUAAGAAAGCAACUUUCCCCAAAUGAACCUCAACUUAAAGCCAUGUCCCAUUAUUACUUUGACGGAAAGGGGAAAUUUUUUCGUCCUUUGGUAGCCCUUCUUAUGUCUAAAGCAUGCAACAAUACAAGUUGUGUAUCAGACAGUAUAUCGUCUAAACAAAAAAUAGUUGCCAUAGUUUCGGAAAUGAUUCAUACAGCCAGUCUUGUACAUGAUGAUGUCAUUGAUGCCUCAGACACACGGAGGGGGCUCUCAAGUUUAAACAAAAUGUAUGGUCAAAGAAAAUCAAUUCUUGUUGGUGAUUACAUCCUUUCUCAAGCUUCUAUAGCUCUAGCAAGAACAGAUAAUCCACGAGUUAUAACUAUUCUUUCCUCAGUAUUGGAGGACUUAGUUAGUGGUGAAUUUAUGCAGCUUGGUUCAAAAGAGGAUGAAAAUGAAAGAUUUUCUCAUUAUUUAAAGAAGACUUACAAGAAAACUGCCAGUCUUAUCGCUAACACAUGCAAAGCUGUUGCUGUUUUGGGAGAGUGUGAUGAACUGAUGUCUGAGUUGGCUUAUCAGUAUGGUAGAAAUCUGGGCAUUGCUUUUCAGCUUGUAGAUGAUCUAUUAGAUUUUAUCUCAAGUGAAUCCAUUAUGGGAAAACCAACGGCUGCUGAUUUAAAGCUCGGCUUAGCAACGGCACCUGUUUUAUUUGCUGCACAAGAGUUUCCUGAGUUACAUCCCAUGAUCAUGAGGAGGUUCUCUCAAGUUGGGGAUGUUGAGCAGGCUAGAGACUUUGUUGCUAAGAGUGAUGGUGUGGAACAGACCAAGUUGCUUGCUCUUCACCAUAGCCGUGAAGCUGUAAAUAUGUUAAAAGACUUUGCUCCAUCAGACGCCCAGAGAGCCCUUAUUAAGCUUGCCCAAAUUCUGCUGGACAGAAAAAGUUAAUGAUAAAAAUCUCUAGGAUAUAUUUUAGUAGCUAUUAGCUUAAUCUUUUUAAAUUUAUUCUAUUUCAUUUGAAAGUUUGUGUAAAUUUUGAUUUAAAAACAGAGGUAACUAAGGUGUACAUGUGACAUUCAUUUCAACAUCAAAAUAUUGCACUAUUUAUAUUGACAUAAUUAAAUAGUUUCUUUUAUAUAUAUACAAUGCAACUUAGUUGUUCUGGUUUUAUUUAUUUUAUCAAUUUUUAAAAACCUUAGAAUACUCUUCCUAUAUUAUGAGAUUAGUCAUCGAUUUUGUAGAUUGAUCUUCUACAAGCAUUUGGACUUCAUUUAUAGGGUGAAAGGUCAUGUUAAAUGAUGUGACACAAUAUGUAAAGUAUGGCUGUGAUGUUCAACUAUUGUUAGAUUUGUCUAAUACACGGGUGACUUGAUUGGAUUAACUGUUAGCUGUAAGAGAAAUGGACACUAACCAUGCGAUUUUAUAGAUGUUAAUAAAAAACAAAAGAAC